AUGGCGGCGGCGGCGGCGGCCGUGGCGGGGCCCGGGACUGGGGCCGGGGCCGGGGCGGGGCGCGAUGGGGCCGCGGAGCCCCGGCAGGAGCGGGGCCGGGGUCGGGGCUGGGCCGCGGGCGUGGAGCGCGGCGAAAGCCGGAGGACGGAGGCCGGCGGCGACGAGCUGGAGGAGGAGGACUCGCCCGGCGGCCGGGAGGACGGCUUCACGGCCGAGCAUCUGGCCGCCGAGGCCAUGGCCGCCGACAUGGACCCCUGGCUGGUGUUCGACGCCCGCACCACGCCCGCCACGGAGCUGGACGCCUGGCUGGCCAAGUACCCGCCGUCCCAAGUCACCCGCUACGGGGACCCCGGCUCGCCCAACGCCGAGCCUGUGGGCUGGAUCGCGGUGUACGGGCGGGGCUAUGCCCCCAACUCUGGGGACGUGCAGGGCCUGCAGGCCGCCUGGGAGGCGCUGCAGACCGGGGGGCGGCCCAUCACGCCGGGCACCCUGCGGCAGCUGGCCAUCACCCACCAGGUGCUCUCGGGCAAGUGGCUGAUGCACUUGGCCCCGGGCUUUAAGCUGGACCACGCCUGGGCCGGCAUCGCCCGGGCCGUGGUGGAGGGCCGGCUCCAGGUGGCCAAGGUGAGCCCCCGGGCCAAGGAAGGGGGGCGCCAGGUCAUCUGCGUGUACACGGACGACUUCACGGAGCGCCUGGGCGUGCUGGAGGCCGAUGCGGCCAUCAGGGCCGCAGGGGUCAAGUGUCUGCUCACCUACAAGCCCGACGUCUACACCUACCUGGGCAUCUACCGGGCCAACCGCUGGCACCUCUGCCCCACGCUCUACGAGAGCCGCUUCCAGCUGGGGGGCAGUGCCCGGGGCUCUCGCGUGCUGGACCGCGCCAACAACGUGGAGCUUACCUAGGGCAGCCUGUGGGGGGCACCCUCGCUCUUCCUUGUCAUGCUGCCCUGCACCGGGCAGACUGUCCCCAGGGGCUGGAGCCUCUGUCGGCUGGACCCGGAAGCCUCUUGAAAGUGUCUCCUUUGCCAGCUGGGACCCCAGGCCGGGUGCAGACACCAGGAGGAGAAAUUCCAUAGCCACCCUCAUUCCUGGCUGCACCCCUUUUCUUCCUGCAUCACCCUUGGCCCCAUCUUGCUCUCCUGAGAGAAAAUCUUGCGCUUCGAGUGGCUGUCCCAGAUCGGAAUCUUCACUGCCCAGGGGCAGCGAUCCUGCAGACCUGAGCAUGCCCUGGAGGACGGGGGUCCCCGGGCCUAUCCCUCUUGCCUUCUCAGCCUGCACCACCCACCCGUAGCCCUCUGCCAAGUCCUGUGCCUGUUCCUGGCCAUCCAAUAAAGUCCAGCUGGGGUU